AUGUUUAGAGAGUUCUUUCAACGGUUUCUAAAUCCACAGACGCCAACCUUCAUUGAACUACCAGGUGGUUUCCCUGAAGAGCGAACUGAAGAAGCAACUUCGGCUAGCUCAGGUAAUAAUAUUAAAGAUAAAAUUUUGCACUGUUUAAUUACACCUCCACUUCUGCUGUUGUAUUUUAUUUUAAGUGUUACACUAUUUAUUAUUGAUACUUUCAAGCCAAUCAGGAAAUUGGUGGUAUUUUAUGAUAAUAAUCGGUUUAGAAAUUCCGAAGAGUAUUCUAAUCAUUACCAGGCACUAGUCGACAAUAUUAUUAGUGACUGCGGCAGAUAUAACCUGUCUGCCAGGGAACCGCCUACACUAGGAGAGACACACUCAUUUUAUUCGCUCUAUAAUACAGAAAAUGGGCUUCUUCUUCCAAAUAUGAUCCAAGGUGGGUAUAGUGAUCUUCUGAAGACAUGUACGGAGCAGGGGAAGUUUGCAUUGAUAUAUAUUCAUGAUCCGAUGUUGCCAUCCCCCUUGGAAUAUGUGCAUAGACUUCUCACCAGCGAAGAAAUGAUAAAUAUGAUUAGACGAUACCAGAUGCUACUGUGGUUUGGCAGCGUUACUACUGCUGAGGGAUUACAGGUGGCGAACUAUUUGAGGGCACGACAGUUUCCUUUCAUAGGAUUCCUUACCCUGAAGAGCGAAACGAAGCUGGAAUUUAUCUGUCGCAUUGAGGGCAAGCUGUUCGAUUUUAGUUUGUCAUCACUGGAGUCUAAGUUACAAGCUGCAUAUUCAAAGCUUCUCGUUCUAAGACAGCAGAGACAAAACCGGGAGCUACAGCGCCUUGUAAUGGAGCAACAAGACUACCGAUACCAGCAGUCAUUGAUGAGGGAUCAAGAACGAAGCCGGGCUUCUGAUGAGGCUCGCUUGCAAGAACAACAGCAACAAGAGGAGGAAGGUUUAAAGAAACAGUGGCUUUUAUGGAGGAAGUCCGUGUUACAUCCUGAACCAACUGAAGGCGAUAUUUGUCGACUAGGCAUUAGAACCAACACUGGCCGUCUGGUUCGAAAGUUCGACGCAUCCCUACCCAUAGAAGAAGUAUAUGCUUUUGUGGAGCUACAUUUACUUGGGGUUUUAUCAAACAACGAGACUUACGAAGCUGACAGUGCUCCAGAUUACAACUAUUCUUAUAAUUUUAAACUGACAACACCUGUUCCUCGUGUGGAACUGGACCCAGAAAAAUUAAUCAGAGAUGAAGCAGCAAUAUACCCGUCAGGAACUGUGGUUUACGAGCAAAGUGAUGUGUGA